AUGAAACGUUUUGUGUUUGCUCUAGCAUGGACUUUUGCUCUUCUGCUAGCUUCUUCGUUGGCUCAUGCUGCUAUUGUGGAACACACUUUCAAUGUGGAGGACAUUCCUGUACAACGUUUGUGUCGUCGACAAGUGAUCACGGCCGUUAAUGGAACAUUGCCAGGACCAACAAUUAACGUUCGAGAGGGUGAUACUCUUGUGGUUCACGUAUUCAACAAGUCGCCCUACAAUCUUACUAUUCAUUGGCAUGGAAUUCUUCAAUUUUUAACUGCUUGGUCAGACGGUCCUGAAUUUGUAACCCAAUGCCCAAUACCUUCUGGUAGCAGUUAUACAUAUAAAUUUAACAUAACAGGACAAGAAGGGACACUUUGGUGGCAUGCCCACUCAUCUUUUCUACGUUCCACUGUCUAUGGUGCCCUUAUCAUUCGACCACGACUCGGACACUCCUACCCUUUCCCUAAAGUUUAUCAAGAAGUGCCCAUCCUGCUUGGAGAGUGGUGGAAUGCUAAUGUUGUAGAGGUUGAGAACAAUGCAACAGAAACUGGAAAGCCGCCAAUUCCCUCAGAUGCCUACACAAUCAAUGGCUUACCUGGCGAUACAUAUAACUGCUCUAAAAAUCAAAUGUUCGAGCUCAAAGUGAAGCAAGGAAAAACCUACAUGCUACGCAUUAUCAAUGCUGCACUCAAUGAGCAACACUUCUUCAAGAUCGCCAACCACACAUUCACAGUGGUAGCCAUCGAUGCAGCAUACACCAAACACUACAACACCGAUGUUGUCGUGCUUGCUCCAGGCCAAACCGUAGAUGUCCUUCUCAACACAAACCAAGUCGUGGGUUCUUACUACAUGGUCUUCACUCCAUACCAUUCAGCCCCAGGCGUAACAAUCAACAACUUCAACACAACAGGAGUGGUCGUUUACGAGGGUGCCACGUCAGCAAAAAAGCCCAUCAUGCCAGACCUCCCGGCCCAAACGGACACUCCAACAGCCCACAAGUUUUACACCAACAUCACUGGGCUGGCUGGUGGGCCCCACUGGGUACCCGUGCCACGUCACGUGGAUGAGCACAUGUUCAUCACGUUUGGGAUUGGCUUCGAAGUUUGCAACAACGUUUCAAGCCCAAACGGUUGUUCUGGGCAACCUCCACUUUCUGCCAACAUGAAUAAUGAGUCAUUUGUGCUACCAAGGGGUAAAGGGUCAUCAAUGUUGGAAGCGUUUUACCGUAAUAAUGUUAAUGGGGUGUACACUAGAGAUUUUCCGAAUCAGCCUCCUUUUGUUUUUGACUAUACCAAUCCAUCGUUGAUGACCGAUUUUAUGGCCGUUGCGUUUGCACCCAAAUCAACCAAGGUUAAGACAUUUAAGUUCAAUUCAACGGUGGAGAUUGUGCUUCAGAACACCGCCAUCAUUGCUCCGGAGAACCACCCUAUUCACAUUCAUGGCUUCAAUUUCCAUGUUUUGGCUCAAGGGUUUGGGAACUACAACUCCACCAGAGAUGAACCAAAGUUCAAUUUUGUUAACCCGCAAAUACGUAACACCGUUUCUGUGCCAGUGGGAGGAUGGGCCGUCAUUAGAUUCCAAGCGAAUAAUCCAGGUGUAUGGCUUGUGCACUGCCAUUUGGAAACUCAUUUGCCAUGGGGGCUAGCCAUGGCUUUCGAGGUUCAGAAUGGGCCUACCCGUUCAUCCACUUUGCCUCCGCCACCAGCUGAUCUUCCCAAGUGUUAA